AUGAGAAACCACACACCAGUAACAACCUUUAUCCUGCUGGGACUGACAGAGGAUCCACAGCUGCAAAUUCUGCUUUUUAUCUUUCUAUUUCUCACCUACGUAUUGAGCGUAACAGGGAACCUGACAAUUAUCACCCUCACAUUGGUGGACUGCCAUCUUAAAACUCCUAUGUACUUUUUCCUCAGGAAUUUUUCCAUCUUAGAAAUCUCAUUUACCACUGUCUGUAUUCCUAGAUUCCUGUACAGCAUAUCAACCGGGGACAAUAGCAUUACCUACAAUGCUUGCGCAAGUCAAAUAUUUUUUGUUAUUCUCUUUGGAGCAACAGAAUUUUUUCUCCUGGCAGCCAUGUCUUAUGACCGCUACGUUGCUAUCUGUAAGCCCCUUCAUUACAUGACCAUCAUGAACAAUAGGGUAUGUACCUUAUUAGUCCUCUGGUGUUGGGUGUCUGGCUUACUGAUCAUUCUCCCACCACUUAGCUUGGGCCUCCAGCUUGAAUUCUGUGACUCCAAUGCCAUUGAUCAUUUUAGCUGUGAUGCAGGCCCCCUCCUAAAGAUCUCAUGCUCAGAUACAUGGGUAAUUGAACAAAUGGUUAUCCUCAUGGCUGUAUUUGCACUCAUUAUCACCCUCGUGUGUGUGUUUCUGUCCUACACAUACAUUAUCAGGACUAUUCUGAGAUUCCCUUCCGUCCAACAAAGAAAGAAGGCCUUUUCCACGUGCUCGUCCCACAUGAUUGUGGUUUCCAUCACCUACGGAAGCUGCAUCUUCAUCUAUAUCAAGUCCUCAGCAAAGGAUGAAGUGGCUAUUAAUAAAGGCGUAUCUGUGCUCACUACUUCUGUUGCCCCCUUGUUGAACCCCUUCAUUUACACCCUGAGGAAUAAGCAAGUGAUACAAGCUUUCAAUGAUUCCAUGAAGAGGUUAAUAUUUCUCUCAAAGAAAUCGAAGUUUUGA